AUGAACGAGGAUUGGCCCCAGCACUUCCCACCUAGGGGAACGGUACCCAAUGCCGAGUUGUAUGACCAGUGUAUCGAUGCCUGUUCGCUGCAGUGGUGGUAUGCUAACGCUCACCUCAUGGUGAAGGGCGAGGACAGACCGUCCCUGGCUUUUUUUGUCUCCUUCUUCAGACGGGCGGAGGAGAGCUGUCCGACGAUCACUACGAAGCACCACGACGCUUGUAUGUGGGCCCUUAUUGACUUAAAACAUCAAAAAUACUAUGCGGAUAGUGUGCUUGACCCAGAGUCAAUCGAGCAACUGAAGCUUCAGCUUGAUCCAGCGGUGACGGGACGGAAGUUAGAGCACGUGGAAGCCGCUCUACUGGAGCUUCUCAACAAGGGGCGUGUGCCGCGCCCAGAUCGUAUCCUGAAGAAUAAGGCGGUGUAUACACAGCAGCCCUUUAGCAUCACACUGGAAGACAGUUGCGCGAUGCGAGUUGCACAAAAGGGACCUGUACGGCAGUACGCUUUUGAGAUGAGGAACACAGCGGACGAUGUGUACGUGAGGUUGUACUUUAAGACGCAGCAGCAGCCGGUGUUUCAUGGAAAGGACGGUCGUGUGAACGGUAUGUACUACUACUACUUCCCGUCGAUGAGGGUGACAGGGUUUGUUGUGGUGAAGGGCGUAAAGCACGAGGUGAAGGGCUUGGGGUGGUAUGAUCGUGAGCUGGGUGGGUCAGUCUCUGAACUCGUUCGUGACGCCAAGUACAGUUGGUCGUGGCUGUCUCUCCACCUCUCGAACAUGUCGCAGUUGAACAUGUUUCAUGGCACAAGUGGCAAUGAACCUGACACGAGAAAGAUGAUUGUAGUGGAGACGCGGACGGAUGGAAGUCGCCAUUACCACGACGAUGUGGUCAUGCAGACGAAGAAGACGUGGUCAAGCCUUGUUACCUUCAUGCAGUAUCCAGUCGAGUUUCACAUAUGUUCGGCGUCGAUGGGGCUGGAUGUGACAAUACACACGGUCUUUGAUGCGCAGGAGCUCGGGACAGUUUUGGUUGGGGGUGCAGGAUUCUAUGAGGGUGUCGUGGAGGGCAGUGGAGUGUGCGGCGGUGAGGCUCUGACGAUGCGCGGCUUUCUGGAGUGCAAGAAGAAUGCCGCCCCGUAUAGCAGCACGUCGGAACUGCUGAAGUGCAUUGGAUCUUACGUGCACAGCGCGCUGGAAGAGGUUUAUCCGCUGGACGCGUCCGAUUCUUGGGUGUCUGAGAAUGUACUGGGACGCAAUGCGAUCAAUCGAGGAGUGCCUGCGGACAAGGUCUGUGAUACUCUGUUCCGCCCUGUGCGCUCCAUGAUCGACCGCGGCGGCAAGUCAUGGCGUAGCCUCGUUCUGGUGAGCUGCUGCAAUGCAUUGUCGCGCCAGUACUUCGACUGUCGCCGCUAUAUUGCGGUCGCCGAGCUGCUGCACGUGGGGUCUCUGAUCAUCGAUGACAUCCAGGACAACUCCAUGGUUCGCCGCGGCGAAAAGUGCGUGCACGUGGAGUACGGCGUUGCGACUGCCAUCAACGCUGGAAGUGCGUGCUACUUUAUGGCACCGCGUGCUGCCCGCAUCCAGGACCUCCCGCCGGAGAAGGCAAGCCGCAUCUACCAACUGUACUUCGAUGUUCUGCUUGCUGGGCACGCGGGUCAAGGUUUGGAUAUCUACGGACUUGACUACCUGAUGCCAAAAGUCAUAGAGACCGGUGAUGUAAGCACGCUCUUCGAUGCACUCGAUGCGAUUCACACGUACAAAACGGGUGGUGCGGUUGGAACGCUCUGUGCGAUGGCGUGUGUGCUUUGUGAGGCACCUGCAGCUUUGUCGGAGGCUGUAGAGAAAUUUGGCCUCACGCUGGGCCUCGCGUUCCAGAUUGUGGACGACGCUCUAAACAUCCGUGGCUUUGAAGGCAAUUUGAAGGAGGCAGCGGAGGACAUCAAGGACGGUAAGAUCACGUAUCCGAUAGCCAUUGCGAUGGGCCGGCUUGGGGCCGCCGACCGGCAUACACUCUGGGUGAUUCUGCGAAAGCCGACAAAGGAAGAGGCAGACAUCCGGGAUGCCGUGGAGCUCAUCAUGAAAGUCGAGGCCAUCACGGAGUGUUUGCUGAUUGCGCGCCAUCGCCUGCAGGAGAUGUGGGACUCCCUAGACCCGCUGCUGGAGGACUCAUUUCCGAAGCUGAUGAUGCGCACAUUGUGCUCUUUCCUUGUGGAGCGCACGUAUUGA